AAGCUGUACAAAGGCUGUCCAUUUUGGAGGAUGAUUUGCAUGCAGAGUCCUUGCUUCCCAUAACAAGCAUUCUCAGUAAUUUAGAAUUCAGCAGUGAUGAGGAGUUCUUACAUAUUUCUGACAGUGAGGAAGAAAAUGCUCAUGUCAACGAGGAAAACUUCUGGUUGUCUGAAGAAGCUGAAGAUAGAUCCUCUUCUCACCCACCGCAAGGGCAUACAGGAGGGAAAUGGAGGCCAGGAGAAAUGCCUAAACCAAGACGACCGAUUUCUGGCAAGUGGAAGCCAGGCCACGGCCCUGGUCCGGCGUGUCGAAAAAACAUUCUGAGAAAACAGUUCAGAACCAGGGGAAGUAAGGGUGAUUUGGGGAAGAUAUUUUAUUGUAAUGUGUGCAAUUCAAAUUAUUCCGAUCGGAACUCUUACAGUCUUCACUUCAGUCAGCCUCAGCACAAAGAAUUUGCCGAAGCCAAGAAACGAGAAAAGUCUGGUCAGGAUUACCUUGAAGAGAAUGAAAGGCAAGGGGAAGAAUCUACUGAACAGGCAGCAAAUUUCGAAACACAAAUGGAUAAAAGUACAGCUAAGCCUAGGAAUAAAAAUGAUUCGUGCCACUGCCCAGUAAGUGUCUUUUUUUUCGGUGCUUUUCACUAGAUAUUAGCACUUGAAUAAGGAAUGAUUUUUUUCCCCCCUAAAUUAUUGAUUUAUUCAUGCUGAUAUUUUUUUUUUUAAAGUUAAUUUUCAUAUUUUAUUUUCUGACAAGGUGUGUGAUCUGUACUUUGACAAUGCUAAUGUGUUCUCCAUUCACUGUGAAACAAAACUACACAAAGAUGGGAUGCUGAAAAGAGGUUACAGAGAAUUUAAAGCUUGUGAUGGUAACGUCAUUAGGAUUGAUGUGCAGCAGCAGACUAUUUC